UCCGUCUCACUGGUCGACAACACCGACACUAGGCGCUGUGCACUUGUCGCACAGCUAAACCCUCGCGCCCGCUUGCUCUGCUCAAAUCACAGCAUUGCAUGAUAUCGUCAUACCCUCGCAAGAGAGUAUGUGCCCAAGGACCACCAGACUGUCCUCUUGCAAAGAAAGCCAAACAGGGAUAGACACGGACGUGCAUCUCUUCUUGCGAAUCUAGCCACGGUUGUCAUACCACUCCAACGCUGUUUUGUUGUUUCUGCCAACGCACCCGCAGGUGGUGCAGGACUUCCAGGACUCCGUGCUGGACUUCCCGGUUUCUGCCGCUCGGCGGGCCACCGGCAAGGGUAACCUCAAGGCGUUCCACGUUUACGGGGGAACGCGAACUGGAGAAGCAGUUCACCAGGAAGGUCGCAGUGCCGCUGGUCCUGCACAUGCUCUGCGAUGCGGAAAACCAGCAGGUGGAGCCCGCCGGGGACGUGGAGACCAAACAGUGCCUCGCGGAGCGGAAGGUGCAGGCCUUCGCUCACCGCAUGAACGGAGGCCAUAAGACCAAGAAGGCCCGGGAGUUCCAGAAUGCAUUGUGGUACUACCUGUUCGAGUUCGCCACGGGCCAGUUCCGCUUGGCCGAACCCAUCCUGCGCGUCCCGAAGAAGGACUUCACAAAGAAGAGCAUCGUCACCCACAUCGCGCCGUUCGCAGGCAAGUUUUUCCCACACGGCCGCGGCAAGACCGACCUCUCUGGCCCCGAGGUCUCGAACGAGGGCGACGAGGAGAUACUGGUUCGCGAGACGCCCUUCGACCGCCCCGACGAUGUUAUCGUCGAGGCUAGCGACCUGGAUGAUUUCAACAACAUGUCGCCCUGA